UUGCGUCGUAUGAGGUAAGCAACGAGAUCGAUGCGAUCGCAGCGCACAGAAAUGAGCGUGAAGACAUUGUGAACGGUUCACAGCGGACGAUUGAACGUAAAAAAGUGUAAGAGACAGAGAAAAAGAGAGUGGAAAAGAGAGAGAGCGAGUAAGAGAGAAAGAGAGGAACAGUGUAAGCAAAAGAAUGUGUGUGAAAGAGAGCAACAAGUUUGCAAGUGGAAAUUUUAACAAUAAAAUGCUGUGAAAUUCAUUAAACUGGCCUCAUCCUCAAGGCAACGCCAGGGCUCAAAACAAAAACGAAGCAAAGCACAACAUUAAAAAAUAUACAAAAAGGAAACACAUCAAAAACAUAAAAUUUUAAAUACUAAAAUAUAUACUGCACAUUAUGAACAAAAAGUGUUGAAGCAACAAAAACAACUACAACUACAAAAAAAAAAACUGAAUUAACAAAUUUAAACAUUUGAAUAUACCCGAAAUAACACAACAGUCAAGUGAAAGAUAGAAAGAGAGCGAGUGAGCGAGCCAGACGCGUGCCAGAAAGAGACAGCCAAUAAGAGCGCUAGACUUUCGCAGACUAACGUUGAAUUUGCACGCACACGCCAAACGUUGUGAAAAAUAACAAACUACCAGAUACAGCUACAAAGAUACAGCGGAUAGUUAAAGUAGAUACAAAGCGCGAAUCUUUGAUUAACGUGAAAAUAACAAGAAGUGCAAAAAUGGAGUAUGAGAAAAUGAUGUACAUGACAAACGCUGAGAUGCCGCACAGUUCACAGUUUAAACUUGGCGCCGCGGUGAGCACAGAAGAAUUCCAGAGUCACACACCGUCGGAUCAAUACACCGCCUAUGCCUAUGCGGAUAACUUUGACCUGUCACUGCUGUCACUGCCGGAGGACGCGGGCAUACCGACCACUGUUUACCAGUACAACGCGCCACAGAUUAAGAUCGAGAGUGCCUGGGAUUGCUCCCAGGAGCAGCCAGUGCAAGGUGCCGCCUAUCCCAUAUCCAGCCAUCAGUUGAUACCGCCACCUCCGGCCUACCCGCACAGUGCCUAUCCCUCGCCCCAGUCCAGUCCGCAGCAGUCGGAGUUUGCCUCGUUUGCUUAUAGUAAAUUCAACGGCAGCUACGAUUGCCUGAGCAGCCCGUGUCCAUCCUUGGAAGCCACGAGCAUUAAGCACGAGUUACUUGACGCGACGAGCAUUAAGCAGGAGUUGCACAUUUUGCCGCCAUCGCCGCCAGAGUCCAACUGUGAGACGCCAUCGCCUCGAUCGGCGUGCGGUGACAGCGGCAGCAUCAAGGCGGAGCCUCUGGAUGCGGACGUCGAGAGUUUCAUCGACUUGAAUUCGCUGCUGCAGCAACAGGAGCCACUGACCGGGACAAAGAGCAAUCAUCAGCUGCUGCGUGAGUGCCUGGAGGACACAUCGUUCCAGAGGAAGCACAACCUGAAGCCCCUGGCACUGGAGUCCUUCAUCGGGGGCCUAGCUGAGGUGCGCGGUGACUUUGAGCCGGUCAUAUCGCUGGCCCUGGAGCAUGCUAAGCGUGAGGCGGACGCCAUCUGUGCGGAGCUGCAAAUAUCGCAGGAUCCCAAUGCUUGGACGUCCGCCCAGGUGCACGCAUGGCUACGAUCCACCCUGGCACAGUUCAAGCUGCCGCCGGCUUUGAAUCUCGAGUUGCAUUUCAACGAAGACGGCGCUGCGCUCGCAUUACUCAGCGAGGAGGAAUUCACGCGUCGUCUACCCGAGAGCGGCAGCACAUUGCACGCACAGCUGGAGAUAUGGAAGAUGGCCUAUGCCGAUCAGCUGGGCAAUCAUACCAUGGAAUCUGUACAGCCAUCAAAUGAUAUGUGGCCAACGAGUGCUUAUCCAGCGCAGAGUCUGAAACUUGAGGAUAGCGAAGAUGAGGAUGAAAUGGAGGUUAGUGAGACACCAGCUAUAUUGGCUGCCACUGCCACAGCCACGCCCACUGCCACGCCUCCUAAACGUUCGGCCGGCUCUCGCAAUGGCGGUGGCUCGCCCAUCCAUCUGUGGCAGUUCCUCAAGGAGCUGCUGGCGGCGCCACAAGUGAAUGGCACCGCCAUACGCUGGAUCGAUCGCAGCAAGGGCAUCUUCAAGAUUGAGGAUUCGGUGCGCGUGGCCAAAUUGUGGGGACGACGCAAGAAUCGGCCAGCCAUGAACUACGACAAGCUGUCGCGCUCCAUUCGCCAAUACUACAAGAAGGGCAUCAUGAAGAAAACGGAGCGUUCACAGCGUCUGGUCUACCAGUUCUGUCAGCCCUAUCAUCAGUAAGGAGUAAGCAGGGAGUCUGGUUGACUAGUUCUAAGCGUAUUUAUUUUGGUAGUCGUAGGUCUCCCCGUAACUAUGCUCGACUAGUCCUGAGGAUCUAGCGAGUUUUAGUUCUUGUACAUAUACUAUACAUCUAUAGCUAUAUCUAAACAUAAUCUCUAGCAGAGUUUAGGCACGAAGGUAAGUUCGUGUAUUAGUUCAACUUGUGGCGGAAGCUUCAGUUGAUUAGGCUAAAGCCGAUGACAGCUGGCGAAGGUAAGUUCGUCCUGUCGAGGCUUUAAGUUACUUCACCCAAUCAAUCAUUUUAAUUGCAUAAGUGGGCGUGGCAGUUGGGCCCACAAACUGCAUGAGUUUGACUUACCGGCGGCAUCUUUAUUCAAAUGUUGUCUGUUAAAGCGUUGCCCCUUGAACUCUGAUCCCAAAAUGCCCCAGUGUUAUUGUGUUGUUGUUGUUGUUGGUGUUGGUGUAUUGACCUUCAUUAGUAGCCAGUGGCGAACUUGGUCAUGGGUCACUCACACACACACAUUCCAGUAUGUGGCAACAACAAUAACAGCAGUUGCACUUUAAAAGUGGCAAGGGACCUUAAAGGGAACGAGGCAGCAGACGUUAGCAGCAUGAAGGUGCUGUGGUAAUUUUAGGAACCAUAUAUCUAUGAUAUAUCAAAAGUAAGUUCUAUGAACAACAAAACACAAACAAAACGAACAAUUUGUAACGAAUACAAUUAGAUGAUAAGCACAAGUAUGAAUACAUAUGAUUAUACUCACUCCUCCAUCUCCCCAAGUACGAGUAGUUUUAGAAUUCUCGAAAAUUUUUUCUCUUCUCGCAUGAAAAGUGAAAAAAUUUUCGACCUUUUUUCCUAAAACAACAGUUAAAACAUCUUUAAAUGUUUAGUUAUUAUUUAUUUUUGUUAUUUUGGUGUUGGUAUACACGUAACGUAUUUGCGAAUAUAAUUGUCUGUUGGAUAGAAAUAAGUUAAGUUAAUUUAAUUAUUUAUUUUUUGGUUAAAUGUUAAAUGAAGUAAAUGGUAAACAA